CUCCUACUUGACAGACGAUAUUCCUUUUGGCUUCAUUUUUGAAUAUUGCUGUUCUAGAAACUUCCCACGACUACCACCUUGCGGAUGCCGAUUAUACCGAUAUCAGAAUAAGGUUUGGUUUAAAGAAUGGGUGAUUCGCUAUCCUCUGCGGAGCAAAACACAAAAUUCAUUUUGAGACAGAAUGCGCUUUUAUGGAAAAGCGCGUUCACUUUGGAGAGCCAUGGGAUUUCAUGAAUAAGGUGCCUGUCAUUGAUGCAACUGUUUUUGCAGGGCGCUCCUACUACGCAUUUUUCCUUCCUCAAAAGGAGAACUCAGUGCAAUAAGGAGUACUCCCAGGAAAAUGUGUGCACAAAACCUGCAGCGAUUUCGCUCUUUUUGUGGGAAUUGUCAUGCCAUCGCUCCAGGGCUGAUCUCUGUACUGCGCCAACUCCGAACAUCAGUGGGUAAAACACCAGCCGUAAAAGAACGAAGCCUUUUUCUCCAAUGUCUCUCUUUUCGUUGCUUAAUUCAAUCCUAUUUCCCUGGAGUUCACCCCCCCCCCCAAAUCCAAGGCUGGCCUUUGUUAGGCCUGCGGUGCGAAUCGGGACUUGUCUCACGCUCGCGCAGGUUCCUUGGGGGUGGAGCAGGUCUAAAGCAGGAGCGGUUUCCGUGCGCCCGGCUCCGCUGACAAACUAGCGCUCGCCAGAAGGGGAGGGCGGGGGCUCGCUCGCUCUUCUCUCGCGCGCGCUUGGGAAAAUGUUACGCAGGUUCUAAAAUGGAACGUUAGCGGCGGCGUGAUUGAGCUCUGGAGUGGGGGCUCGGAGUAAGUAAGAGCGAGAACAAACAGCUAUAGCCGGCACGCAGUCGGAUACUUCCCUCAAUCUGCGAGCAGCCGCUGCCUUUGCCACCUCCUUCUUCCUCCCUGUAUGGAGCUUUCCGCUAUUGGGGAGCAGGUGUUUGCUGUGGAGAGCAUCAGGAAGAAGCGCGUAAGAAAGGGUAAGGUGGAAUAUCUGGUGAAAUGGAAAGGAUGGCCCCCCAAGUACAGCACGUGGGAACCUGAGGAACACAUUCUUGACCCUCGUCUGGUGAUGGCUUAUGAAGAAAAGGAAGAACGAGAGCGUACCUCAGGUUACAGAAAGAGAGGUCCCAAACCCAAGCGCCUGUUGCUGCAGAGACUAUAUAGCAUGGACCUGAGGAGUGCCCACAAAGGGAAAGAGAAACUCUGCUUUUCUCUGUCCCGGAGGUUUGGGGGAGGAGGAAACGACUUGGCAGGGGCCAAGGGAGGGCAGACAGAACUGUCUGAGAAGAGUGGCGGAGCGGUCCUGCCCUUUCCUCUUCGGAAACAGAGCAAGAACCAGAAGUACCUGCGCCUUUCACGGAAGAAGUUCACCCGCAUGUCAAGCCUGGAGAAUCGGAAUCGUCGUCGAGAAUUUUUCUUGAAGGAACCCAUGGUUCUUGAGGACAGGCAGCCACCCAAUGAUUGGGAUGAUGUAACACAACCUGCUACCAAGGAAGUGGGCCCAGAGACAGCAGAAGUCCCUUUUUCCUGGACCCCUGCAUUGCCCCCAAAUGAAGUGACCGUUACAGACAUCACAGCAAACUCAAUUACCGUGACUUUCAGAGAAGCUCAGAUGGCAGAAGGCUUCUUCCGAGACCGGAGUAUCCAAUUCUAAAUCUGCUGUUUGUUAACUUUUCUUUCUCUCUCUUGGUCUUUCCUCAUUAAGGGAAUUUUUGAGUUUGAGUUAUUCUUGCAUUCCCAGUCAGGUUCCAUUACACUUUCAGUGACAUUAUUUAGAAAAAGAGAAUGCGGGGGGCGGGGGGGGGGGAAUCCCUUUACAAAAGUUUACAGAGCAUUUUAAUUUUUUGGACAAGUGAUCAUACUGACAUUCUUUUUGGUUGUAUUCAUCUUUGAAAUACAUGAAGCCAAGGUAAAGCAAUGUGAGGAGUACCUGUGCUUUCCCCCCUUCAUUUGUUACUAUAGAUAGAAAAAGAGUGUAUAGAUAUAUUACUUGUCUGUUGUUGCUUUGUUUGUCUGGGAGACUGAAGCUUUUUUCACUGGCAAAGAUACUUAUUCAUGGUGCAUUGUGGAAAAAUGUCAAUUUCUUAGUUAUGGCACAAACCUUCUGCACUCAAAAUUAAGGGCUCAGUGUCUGAAAUAGGAAAGAGGCCAAAUAUAAAAAUCCCUGACCUCUUCCAAGUUCAGUGGACUUUUCUAGGUCAAGCUGUUUCCCUGAUCUGCUUCCCUCCAGGUGCAUAUAUAAAAACAUUACUCCUCUUUUUCUUUUGGGUGUCUGCCUUUCAGUUCUUAAUGCUUUUUCAUUUAUUAGUACUGUUGAUGAUUGGGCUUGCUGCCAUUCAUGAUGCUUCCAGAGAUCCUAUAAUUUAGAGAAGCAACUACAGCUGGUAUACUGGCUUUUGGGGUUUGGGCUUCCAAAGAAUUGUGCUGGUUUUUUUCUUUGCUUAUGGUUUAUUAAUAACAGGAGCACAAGAAAAAGGUAUUGCUAUAAUCAGGCAUACCAGUAUAAGAGAAGCCUAGCUUAUUACUUAUCUGAUGAGGUAAGCCAAGUAGUUUUUAUGGUCUUUUCCUAGGAAGCCUGCAGCUUUUCAGCAGAAUAGGAAUGCCUCAGUAAUUGGCACUGACAACUGUACAGUAUGUAGUCAUAAACAUGUUUCCAUGUGUCCUUGAGUAUGACAAUGGCUUGGAUGGAAUUGUUACAGAUCCCAAAAAUUCUGUCUUACUUCAGAUGCCUUUGUAAUAUGCAAUAGGAGGGCUUACUAUCUAAUUAGAUAUAUAGUUGGUUCUUGAUAUAUAUGAAAUUUGAAUUGCUUAUUGGAGACUUGGCUUAUAUCCAUUUGCAGGUUUGUAGAUAGAUGUAGAGAGUGGACAUGUUUUAGCAUAUAUGCAUUGUUGAUCCCUGAAAAAAUUCUGGAACACCAAAUAUACUCCAAGAGGAAAAGAUACAACCAGUUUCUAAAACAAAAAACAACCCAAGAAUUUAGCUCCUUCAAUUAGCUUUAUAUAUGUUUCUUGUUCCCUAUGCAGUUAAUUACCUGACACACACAAAAGGAAUUGCCUGGUAUAUUUAACCUUUUAAACAGGUAAAUAAUUGGGAGACUUUUUUUUUUGAAACGGAUUCUCUUUUAGGGAAGCCUCAUUGGACAUCUGGUUGUCAGUUUGAUACUAUUAAGUACACUUAAAAGGAUAUUUGGACUCUGUAUCUCUGUGUAUGAAACUAUAUUUUGCUAGGCUUCAAAUGGUUUGAGAAACACUGCAUUAACAUUCUGUUCUUACUCAAGUUGGUGGGAUAUUGUGGCUUCAACUUCCAUUACAUGACCAUUGUUAAUAAAUUAACUUCAUGCGUCUACAGUAUGGGAAUGUUGCAUGAGUUAAAAGUGGAAGUAGUGAUGGAGUAAAGGAUUUUUAGUAGAGUCAAAACAAUUAUCAGUUUUGUCUAGAAAUUUAAUCAAAAGUGGCAUUGGCACUGAUUUUAUUGUACUAACUGAUCCAAUACAGGAUGAGAAAUACUAGAGCAGAGAAAUGGAUUGGAAGAUAAGUAUGAGACAAAAAUCUAAUUUUAAUAAUUUGUUCUCCAAAGGACACUAUUUGAUUUCUUCCUCAUAUUGGUACUUCUGUAUAUUUUUCUGUACAAAUAUUUUAUGAAGAUCUCUGCCAGGAGAAGCUGCUUGCAGUUAUAUAGGACUCUGUCUUGCACUUUAGUAUCUUGAAAUUUGUGCUGGACUUCUUUGUGAAUGCUUUGUUUUGUUUUACAAAAACUGUUGUACCUAUGAAUUGUAUAGCUUUAGCAUAUGUUCUUGUGCAUAUGUGCUUCUUUUAAGUUUGCUUGAACAGAUGAACUCUAGAAAAUAAUUUUCCUAUGGAAAGUGACAAUGGAAUGGUAGAAGGUAGAACUGCAAUCCAAACCCUAGUUUUCAAAGAAUUUAAGAUCAGUUGAAAUGAAGAUGUCUUGCUUUACUUAAAAAAGAGAGAGAGAGAGUAAAGAUUGAAAGGAAAAACGAACGUGUAUAGCAUGUUCUAAUGCAUCUUUUGAUCACUUAUUUGUUUACUGAUCUCAACUUUUUAACCCACAAAAAUGCUUUUCCCUUUGAUUGAUGAAAUUCUUGAUUAAUUAAGAACUAAUUUAAUUUAAGAUUUAUAAAAAUAGAAAUGUUAAAAUCAUGUGAGGCGUCUACAACUAAUCUUCCAUCAAGACUUUUACUACCAACCUCAUGUCAAAUUCUGGAAGGGUUGAGUUGUUGCUUGCCAACUCAAAGAAGCUAUUUGUUGAUGCUCAGUGCAACAGCUGCAGGUUUUUUCUUUCUCAGAAGUUUUAAAGGAAGAGGUGUCAUUAUGGGUCAGAAGGUAUAAAUUGGGAUAGUUCACAUUAUUUCACAGUGACAAAGAAAUAUUGAUUUCUUGAAAGUGGGGAAGGAGUAUAUUCAAUUCCCACCUUUCUGAACUAUUUUAGCCUCCUUUAUUCUACAUUAGAUUACAGGCAGCAUUAACAUAGUAAGAGCCCAAUUCUUCUGAGCUCUUAAUAUGAGUCCCAGAGAAAAUAUGAAAGCUAUGCUUUCCCCAAAGAGUUUAGGCAAUGAAUCAUGACUUAGUAUGAUAAGCAAGCUCCAUUUGUAUGUUAUGUAAGUGAAGCUGGAAACUGAAAUUCUAAGACCUGAUCACCUUCAACUCAAACUUACUAUGUGAUGGCAUAAAUUUAUUAUAGAUUUAAUGACUUAAGGGAAUAAAUACAGUAAUUUUGCUAAGUACGCAGUUGCUAAAGGAUGGUGUUUGUUCGAGAGAGCAGAAGAUCCAGUUUAAUUCAUGCUUAAAAAAAGUUGAGUAUAAGUUGAGUUUAAGAUGAUCUUCAAGAAGAGCAUUGUCAUAUGUAAGUGUAUGAUUAAUGAAUAUACAUUUCAUAUUGUAUCAUUAUAUUUUACACUACAUUGGUAAUGUUUUCUUUGGUUUCUAAGACACAGAAAAUGUGUAGCUUCUCCGUUUCUAGUAACAUUUUGCUAUACUAUUCAGGGUGAGAUACAUUGUUGCUUCAGCAAAAUGUAGCAUUAUUAUGGCUGUAGAUUUUUUGAUCCUUUAGUUUCUCCCAUUUAAAAAAUAUGCCAAAGUGAUUAGUAUAGUACCAACGUUUUUAAAGUUGUUCAGUAGUCAUAAAGUUAGUCCAAGUCCAGUUUGAAAUCUAAUCCUAUUACUGUGUACUUUUUCUUGUUUAAUAUUUCCUAUAUGCAUAGAUAGUUGAGCUGUUCAUAUUUUUGGUGUGCAUGUACUUUAUGUGAGAAGGAGUAUGUAGAGAAAGGGCCAUUUUUUUUUAAAUUUGCUGCAGCUAAGAUGUAUAUAUGCUAUUUGUGCAUAUGCUGUAAUGCCUUGUGCCAAAGAGAAGGUAGGAUCAUUUGAUGUUUCAUGUUUGUAUUUUCAGCAUGAUUUGGAAAAGUAAGCUCUUAAGUUAGAUAACAACAGAGAUAUGAAUAAAUGUAAAAAAAAAAAGAGGGAGAGAGAUAGAUGAAAUUCUGUAUUAAGGAAAUCUAACAUAAAUGUACAUUUGAUAUCCUCCAGUAAUAUAGCACUUUAAUAGAUGCUAUUCCUUGCCAAAAAGAUUCUUUUCCUUAAGCCACUGAGUGAUUAAAGAAAAAAAAACUGCAAUAGUUAUGAAGACUAUUAUAAAUUAUUGUAUAGUUAUGUUGUUGUUGCUUGAUAUGCAGAUUGAUAAUGAAAUAGGAGCAGCUGACAGCUUGGGCUGUCAGUUGCACAAGACAGUACAGCAUUCUUUAAGAAAUGUUAGGAAAUAUGAACUUGUUAAAAAUGUUGAAAUGUACUAAGUUUUCCUUUUCAUUAAUAGGAAACUUUCUUGAAAGAGACAGCCCCUGGUAUGAAAAAUCUAAUAUGAAAAGGCAAAUUUUUAUCACUUCCUGGAGCUAAAGAUUAAACAUGUACAGGUUUAAAACAGAUUUGAAGAAUCCUGAACAAUUUAUAAUUUCAGACCCAUAUAGAUAUUGGGCUCCACACUAGUCUAAAGUUUAACAGUGAACAGAAUUCAUUGGAGGAAGGAAAAUUUUAAUGUAUCAAAAUACAUAUUUUAAUUGGCCCAAGUAAACUUUGCACACAUAUACCUUGUGGGAAGAGAUACAAAGUAUAUUUGCAUUAAUGGUUUUACUUGGCUGUAAUGUAGUAUGUCUGUACAUCUGAUAACCAAUUUGUAGGUUUGUAUUAUGGCAAAACCAAUCUAAAUACAUAAAAGUUGAUACCAAGGGUGUAGGCCUAUGCAUCUUACUGGGAGUAAAUAUUAGUGAGCACAUUGAUGCUUCCUUUUGAAUGUAAGAUUGCACUUUAAAUGCUUAUUUCCAUGUAUUUAGGAAUGGCAUUAUUAAGAUACAAAGUUAGCCAUUGUAGACCCCAAGCUGCUAAUUCUUUUAUAAAUUGUGAUUAGACCUUUCAGACCUAACUGCACAGUAUGUUCCUCAUUUUAGAAAAAAGAGAAUGACUGUUCUUUAGAACAAUUCCAAACUUCCCUUGAACUCAAAAAACUUUCCAGAUACCAGCAAUAAGUUAUUUCUGAUAGAUUCCUGCAGCUUUGUGCAUGCUAGUCAAACGCAGCCUUGUAACACUCUUCCAUUUAUGUCUGUAUAUAUGAUGUAUAUUUUAAUGCAUAUUUUUUAGAGUUCAUCUUUCCCUAACAAAUUGCACUUUAAUAACUUAUUAGAGAUGUGGAGCUGCAUCCAGCUAUUUUAUGGGAUUAUAAAUAGUUCAGCAGCUUUUUCUUAAUGGCUGUUACAGUCUUUCAUAUUUUUUUUGAAAAAGUGUGGUCAAAAAUGCCACAAAAUUAAAAAUUUAAAAAAUCAGAACAGGGCAUUAUUAUUGUCUACUGAACUUAGAAAACAUUUUAGUGCCAAGAACAUCCCAUUUAAGAGGGUUUGAGUUGUGUUCUUGUUGUUUGCACUGUGUGAUGUGUCAGAGUGACUGCCUGAAUUAAUUGCUUAUUCCUAUAAUCUUGUUUUCUUUGGGAUAGAUAUGGCAAUGUAUUUGGUGGAUGGGAGAAAAACAGACCAGGUGUGUUGUUUUAUUUUCCUGUGUAUUAUUUUGGGAGGGGACGUUAACCCCUCAUUAAUGGCAUGGUACUUGAGUUGAUAUUUUCCUGACCCCAGUGCCCAAGUUACCUUUGCACACAAAAGCUUCCUUUGCACAGAAUGAGCUUCUUGGGAGUUUUGUACAGACUAAUUGAAUGUAUUGGAAAGGGAAGAGUUCAGGGAACAAAUUCCAAACAAAAAUUUUAAAAUGUAGAAAUUGCAGUUUUAAUGCCUUUUUGUGAGUGUUUGCUGCGAAAAGAGAUUGUAAUACAAACAAGGAGGACAGAGCAAAUUUUAAUUGAUGCAAUGUGUUGCUUUAUUUUUGUACUGAUGAUGGUUAAAAGAGUGUACAACAUCUAUUUAUUUAGAUGAUUUAUGUGGUAAAUGUUGCAAAUAAGGCUAUCAAAGAGCAUUAAAUGAGAACUGACAUUUAGCUAA